CAAUGCGGAUUCAUCGUCGUGCGACCAUCGAAUUUCGCGGCAGCGAUUAAAUACCACAAAAAAAAAAACAAAAACAAAAAGAUAAGAAAAUCCAAACAAAUCGCUGGAUUAUAUAGCCAUGCCACCCACAAAUAGAAGACUGCACAGUCACAAAAUGUGAACUCAGUGCUUUGGCAGGCAGCAGCAGACCGCAUUUUGAGUGUGGCGUAAUAAAAGUGCUUGGAACAAAAUACAAUGCAAAAUAUGAUGGGCGAUAGCGAGGAGCAGAUAUGGCAAGAAAUCGGCAUUGAUCCGCAGCAUGUAUGUGAGUCAGGCGAUGGCAGCGGCGAGGGACGAUAUCAGCUCAUAUGCGACAAGUCGUGGCUGCAAGCGCUGGAGAAGCAGCGAAGGCUGAUGCACUUCCCCAGCUGGCCGCGAUUGGAUAGACGAGCGCAUCCCGCGGGACAGCUGGAGCACCCCUGGACCCGCAUUCUGGUGCAGACAUACCGCAAGCAGCCCCAACGCAGGGUGUACCCCCUGCCAAGAGCCUGUGCUGGCGCUGGUGGCGGGGAAGGACAUGCUUCAGAUGCGCUGCCGAUGUCCUAUUCCCAGGCGGUGGCAUUUGUGGCCAAUAGCAACUUUAAGCAGCUAUGGGAGGAUGCCUACAAGAAGUACAAUGGCGCCCAUGUCAAACUGUGCAGAUCUGCAGCCAGCAUGUCAUCAUCCAAGCCCAUCUCUGGCCAGGGACAACUGCAGCCGCACGAUAUGGUGCUCAAAGAGCUCAUUCAACGUGUCUACCGCUGCCCCGUGCUGCACUGUCAGGCGGAUCGUGGAGAGGCAGACGCCCCAACUGCCGCUGGAACGGAUAUUGCCAGCAAUUGUCACGCCAACAUUCUGCCCGCCCUGGUGGCCAUCGAGUCCUCCACGCACUUCAGUGUAUUCUUCUACCCACCGGCACUGGAGUGCAGCCUCUACGAUUGCAUCACCUACAGCCCGGCGCUGCUGGGCAAGGGGUACAACAAAACGCUGUUCAUCAUCUACCAGAUCUUCCAGCUGUCCAAGCAGCUCCAAAGCCAGGGCUUCUUCCUCGGCGACCUUCGACUGCAGCACAUUGUCCUGCGGGAGAAUCUUUGGCUGCAGGUUCUGCCACGGCUUCAGUGCAAUCUCCUGGAGGAGGACACAGUCGUGCCUGCGAUGGAUAUGUCGCCGCUCACGCCACUGGCCUCGCCAGAGCUUGGCGAUCUGGCCGAUGCGCCCCUGCAGCUGCCCUCGAGCAGCACCGUGUUCGACCUGAAGCUGGCCUACGAUCCGGCGCACUUCAAUCUGCGGGAAUACGCAGAGAUGUGGUGCAGCGGGCAGCUGUCCAACUUUGACUACCUCACCAUCCUGAACAAUGCCUGCGGGCGCAGCCUCACGAAUGCCGCCCAUCACCACAUAAUGCCCUGGGUGACAGACUUUGCCGGCCGCAAUGGAGCCAACUGGCGGGAUUUGUCCCGCAGCAAGUAUCGGCUGAACAAGGGCGAUGUUCACCUUGAUCUCAUGUAUGCCCAUGCCAGCCAGCAUGUCGAUGGCAUGGCUGGGGAGCAAGUGCCCCAUCAUGUCUCGGAUUUUCUCUCCGAGAUCACGUACUUUGUGUACAUGGCCAGGCGGACGCCACAGUCCAUACUCUGCGCCCAUGUGCGACCCAUUUGGGUGCCCGCCGAGUAUCCGGUGUCCAUUCAGCGUCUACAGGAGUGGACCCCAGACGAAUGCAUACCAGAAUUCUACUCGGAUCCGAUGAUCUUCAAGAGCAUACACGAGGAUCUGCCGGACUUGGAGCUGCCUGCAUGGGCCACCUGCCCGGAGGACUUUAUUUGCAAGCAUCGCGAGGCCCUGGAGUCGCAGUAUGUCAGCGAGCGACUCCAUCACUGGAUCGACCUGAAUUUUGGCUACAAGCUGAGCGGAAAGGCGGCCGUCAAGUCAAAGAAUGUCUGCCUCACCCUGGUGGAUCAGCAUCGGAAUCUCAGUCAGCGCGGCAUUGUGCAGCUCUUCACGCAGGCGCAUCCUCCGCGACGCUAUGCCACGCCGUGGUUUAACAAGAACGCACCGCGAAUGAGUCAACUCUAUGGCAGCCCGUCCAAGCGUCUGGCCAAGAGCACCGAGAACCUGAAUGCGGACAACAGUUCCUCCACAAACACUUCACUGCGCCCCAGCCACGAUAUAUCGAGCGGCGCGUCCGUCCACAGCAGUUCGGCUUCGGCAUCCGCCUCCAACUUUUAUGCCAUCACCAACUUUAUAGACCUGCCCGACAACUAUAAUCCCACGCUGCUGCUGCAGAAUCUGGAGACGCUGGAGGCCUUCUAUGCCCGAACAUUCCCACAGCAGCGAGCGUCGGCGAAUCCCGAGGAGAAAAUGAUCAGCAGCGAUCUCAUGUUCGAGCAGAACUCGGCGGAUCAUUCCUUCACCAAUCAACUCUUUGCCGGCGCCGAGAUUCACACGAAAUCAAAGAAUCUCCUAAGGGAAAAGCGGAGCUCGCUGCAACAUCUGCUAAAUGUGAGGCGGGAACGCGAGCUGCAGGUGCUGGGCUGCCUCAUUGUGGAGCUGUUUGCGAUGCAGCGACUGCGGCCGCUGCUCAUGGGCAGCGGAUUGACGGCCGCCUUUGAGGCUCGACUCGCUGCCUGCCGCACUGUGGCGCAGCUGCAUCGACAGGAUCUGCCGAAACCUGUGCGCCAUGUGGUGCGGCUGCUGUUGCAGCUGGAAAAGGAGGCAGAUCAAGGACUGCCGCAGCCGCCCAGCCCGGCGCAGUUGGUGGAACCGAUGUUCGCCAAUCUGCUGCUGCCCUUCCCCAGCCACUACAUUGCCGUCUAUGCGCUGGUGAGAUCUCUGCAUGCCUUCGAGCUGAAUGCCAUUCUGCUGGAGCUGCACACACACUUCAGUUGCCAGGGCGGCAGGGAGUGCGCACGCUACACGGAGAUGGAUCGCCAGCGAGUGCUGUUCGACCGGAAGAUUGCCGAAUGCAAGGUCAUGUCGUGCUGUGCCCAUGUCCGCAGGCUGCUCGAGCCGGUGGCCUUUGCCUACGAGCAGUUUACGCCCGUGGAACUGCUGCUGCCUCACAUUAUUGAUCUGCUGAGAGACGAGCGCACCUCGAUACUGACCGCCUGGAAUCUUUUUGACUCGAUUGCCCAGGCGCUGGGUGUGUCACAGACCCAACAGCAUCUGCUGCAACCGCUGCUCAAGCUCUACGAUGUCGAGGGCACGAGUGUCAGCGAUGAUGGCAGCUCCAUUGGGGCGACAGCCACAGGCGGACACCUGCGCUUUUCCUCCAGCAGCUCGUUCAAGUCACGCAAGUCGGUGAAGCUGUACCACCACAGCUUCCUGCUCCGCCUGAUUGUGCGCUUUGGUUUACGCUGCUUUCUGCAGCACUUUAUUGCUCCCCUCAUUGAGGCUGUGGGCGGAUACAAGGAACCGGAGCAGGGCAACGGCUAUCACUACCACAGCGGCGGCAGUCGACGGACCAGCAAGAAUCUCAACUUUGCCGCCGAUGAGGAGGAGCGCCAGCCACCGCCAGCAGCGUAUGUGGAAGCCACCAAGCCGGACAUCGAAGAGCUCUUCACGUUCGAGGAGGAUCAGGAUAGAAUUUCCAGUCAGGAGAGCAAGUCCAUUGACUCCUUUGACAUGCGCCCGGCCACCGCCACCAGCGCAGAGGAGGCACGCGAGUCGGAUGGCGGAUCACCCGACAAGCUGGUCAUCAACGAACUCAUCUACGGUGCCAAACUCUCGCCGGACAAACUCUCCCUUCGCGAGGGUCAAACACCGCCAAUUAUGGCCCCCCCGCCCGUCCUUGGACCACGUUCUCCCACCAUUGAAAUACCCAAUCCAACGAUCGGCAUUCGACGCAGCUUCCAGCUGAGCGCCAUUGACUGUGACAUUGGCUCACGGAAGAGCGUGGACAGCUUUGAGAUGAUCACUCAGGCGGUGCAGCAGGAGGCGGCACAGCCAGCAGCAGCGGCAAGCGAAAGGGACGCAGAGGGUUCCGACUCUCUACAGGCUUCGGUUAUAUCCAGAAUGUCGGAGGCCAAGGCGCUGCAGAAUAAUCGCAUCAGCGAGAUGAGUGCCGAGAGUCUGGUGUGGCUGUCGCAUCGACUGGGACCGGUGCUCACAUCGUGGCACAUAACCAGAAAUCUCUUGAAGCUGCUCUCCCUGUGCUAUGUGGGGCAGGAGAACCUCCUGCCAGAGAUGGAUGAUGGUGGCUUUAGCUCAUCCCCCGAAGCGGCUAAUCUAAACUUUUUUAGCAUUGCCAAUGCACGCGUUGUGGGCGAUAGGAGUGCGGCACGUGUGCUCGAAUGCCUGAUGUCCAUAGCAGCUCUCUAUGGGGAGAACUUUCUACUGCUGCAGUAUUUCCCGCACAUCAGUGAGCUGAUUGGAUUGUGCUCGAAGCGUAUCACUGGCAGCCUGGAGGGCGCCAUCAUUAGUUCGCUGCAGUUGCUCAAGUACAUGGUGCCCUGUCUGACGGAUUCCAGCAUAAUGGAGCAUCUGCAGCACAUCCUGCUGGACGCCAUCCUGCUGCCCAUAUUGCGCCUGCUUAGCUCCACCAAUCUGCUGAUGCCCAGCGGCUAUCUGGGCCGUUCGCUGCUGGCGCGCAAGUUCCUCGAUGCCAUCUAUGCGUUGAGUGUGCGCCUGGGAUCGGACAUGACGCGCGAACAUCUCUGCCAGUCGCUGCUCUGUCCCUUCUUUCUCAUAUUCAACAAGGCCUUUGGUCUGCCCAACGAGUUCGGCUGCGACCUGGCCAAUCUGUCGCUGGUGGGUGGUGUCAUGCAGCGGGAGCGUGCCCUGGAGGAACUGAGGGAUGUGUUUGGUCCGGAACUGGCGCACACCGCCUACCUGGCAUUCCUGCGCUUCCUGGGCGAGGCCAUCAUGCAACGGACGCUCACCAAUCUGGAGUUUGUGCUGACCCUGUGCCACGAACACGAGCAACCGAGUGGCGGCAGUCAAAGCAAAUCGAAUCUUGCGGCCAGUGUGAUACCCGGACAAGACGAGGACACCGUGGACACAUCCUGCGAGCUGGCUGCCAACAGUUUUGGCACCCAGAUCGUUGGAAAUCGCCUGCAGGUGGCCAGAAACAGCAUGGAACUGCUCGACAUGGUGGCCUACAAGCUGGAUCAGCUGCCCAGCAGCCGCCACCUAAAGGGCAACUGGCUGGCCUACUGGCGCCACGAGACCACACGCAGCGAGAAGGACAAUCAGGCGCUCAAUCUUAAGCAGAUCCGCCUGCAAUCGUUCGUUGGACACACGAACUCCGUGCGUGCCAUCUACGCGCUGGACAACGAGAAUAGUUUCGUGUCCGCUUCCAAGGACAAGACGGUGAAGCUGUGGUCGCUGCGCAGCGAAGGCGACGGCAGGAAGACCACCGCCUGUCAGUUUACGUAUACAGCCCACAAGAAGUCCAUACACUCGCUGAGCUUCCUGGAGUCGCUGCGCUACGUGGUGUCCUGCGACUCGGGAGUGCAUCUGUGGGAUCCGUUUAUGGGCCGACCUCUGGGAAUAUUGGACGCUCCUCGACACAGUGCCGUGACUGUGGUCAAGUCUUUACCCUCACACUCGCCUCUGGUAAUUGCCGGGACAGCCGAGUCUACGGUAAAGGUGAUCGAUGCCAGAUCCAUGGAGUACGUCAACGAGUGGCGCGUCUGUCAUCCGGCCCUGCCCAAUGCCACCGUUCGCUGCCUGGCCAUUGCUCCAUCUGGCAAUUGGCUGGCCGCUGGUCUCUCCUCUGGCGGCAUUGUGAUGCUGGACACGCGGACCGGCAUGGUUCUCAACUCUUGGCGACCCAUGGAAUGCGAUCUGCUCCAGUUGACGGCACCAAGUGAUCAGUUUUUGGUUAGCUCUGCGCUGGAUCAUAGUCUGGCCGUGUGGCACGCCCUAGAUGGCAUCAUGCACUAUCAACUCAAACCACCACCGGAACCUGCGCACUUUCUGCAGAGUGUGGGUCCUGCCCUGGUCUAUGCCACCACUGGAAAUCGUGUGGGAGUCUAUGCAGAUGUGGCCGACUCGCAUGCCUUCAAUACGAUCACAAAACUGCGUUCGGAGACAUUCCGUGGCGUUCUCACCUCCCUGGCUGUCCUGCCACUGAAUCGAACCUUUCUCGCUGGCAACGAGAGCGGAAACAUUGCCCUGCUCUGCUAGCAAUGCCUGUACUAUAUUAUGACAUUAAAUAUUAUAAUAGUUUACUAUCUCUACAUACUCAAUGGCACCAAAUAUUAUUUUAAUGCGAAAAACACUUUAAUUUCCACUGACUGUCUUUAGAGAUAUUUGCUGUAAACUGAAAGAAUUUAAUAGCUUAGAAGCUCUCGCACAAUUCAAGGCAGGCAUCAGUGGAGUCUUUGUCCCUAAAACAAUGAAAUUACUUCAAAUUAUCCAAAUGAUGACACUACACGAAUAUAAACUGUAAGCAUUCCAGAUGGUAUACCCUUAAAUGUGUUGAAAAUGUGCAAAAAACACUUUCAAACUUUAAAUUUGUAUUUAAAAGUAUUAAUUUAAGCUGGAAAGAAGUAAAACAUAUUUAUAUAGAAAUAUACGAACAUUCUACUCGA